AUGAGUCCCGAAGCGAAUCCCAGCGAGAUCGAAAUGUCGUCUGCCACGCGGGCCAUGCUAGGCAAAGUCCGCAAACUCGUCCCUCCUAUGCUAGAGAAAUUCCAUAAGGGACAGUUGGGACGAGUUGCCGUCAUCGGUGGCAGCGCCGACUAUACGGGGGCGCCCUACUUCUCCGCGAUGGCCUCUGCACGCUUGGGCUGCGAUCUAUCCUACGUCUUCUGCGAACCCUCCGCUGCCCAGACCAUCAAAUCGUAUUCGCCAAAUCUGAUGGUAUCCCCGAUUCUAAGAUCUACGGCUUCGGUAUCUCAAGCGCAGAGAGACAAGGACCCCUCUGGUGAAGAGCUGGCGAAACCAAUAUUGGACAUGCUUCCUCGAUUGCAUGUGCUCGUCAUCGGGCCUGGCCUGGGCAGGGAUAUCAUCACCCAGAAGCAAGUCAAGGCGGUCAUUGCGGCCGCAACGAAACACAGCCCUCCUGUGCCCAUGGUCUUGGAUGCCGAUGCUCUUUGGCUGAUUCAAACGGACCCGGAUCUGAUAAAAGGCCACAAGGAAUGCAUCCUGACUCCUAACGUGGUCGAGUUCGGCCGCCUCGCAAAAUCCGUGGGGUAUGAUCCAGCCAAAGGCGAUCCGGAGAAGGCAUGCCAGGAGCUUUCCAAGAUCCUGGGCGGCGUGUGCAUCGUCCAGAAAGGGGCCGUCGACUACAUUUCCCAGGGCAUUGCCACCACAAUCUGCGAUCUCCAAGGGGGACUGAAACGGUCCGGUGGUCAGGGUGAUACAUUGACAGGGUCCUUGGGCACAUUCCUGGCCUGGCGACAGAUCUAUCAUGAAGGCCUGUGGGACGUUGGCGAAGAGAAAAUGAGUAGAGAAGAGACGCUACUGGUUGCCGCAUUUGGCGGAAGCGCAAUCACACGAGAAUGCUCGCGACGUGCCUUUGAAAGACGGCAGCGGAGCUUGCAGGCAAGUGAUCUUACAGAGGAAGUGCACAGCUCCUUUCUUGCACUUAUUGGCGAGCCAGAUCAGGCUCCCAAGCAAAGCCUCUGA